AUGAGUCCAGAUUCCAGGAAAAAGACUGGACCACCUCCAACUCCUCCAAACAAACCCGUGAGCAACCUAUCUGAGGCCCCACAGUCCAGGCCAAACUCCCACCCUCCUACCCCUCCAUGCAAAGAGAAGAAACCCUCCCAUCCUGCUGAGGAGUUGAACCAAGAGGUUCAAGGCUCAGCUGAUGAGAAUAAGGAGGAGGAGGAAGAGGAGAAAGUGAAGGAGGUGACGGAAACAGCUUUGGAAACGGAUGAGGCAGAGCAGUCGGUUUCUAAAGAGGAUGACGGUCCUCAGAGUCCCAGUGCUGAAGGACAAGUUUCAGAAGACAAAUCAGGAGAAGCCGAUAAUGAGCCACAAGAACCCAGCGAGCCGCUCGCAAAGAGUCCUCCUCUUGUUCCCAAGAAAAAGCCUGAGAAACCUGCUCAGCCCGACGAGGGUGAAGACAGUAGUGCACUGCUGCAAAAUGCUCCAGAUACCUCAGCCGGCUCUUCUCCAGCAGAAGAGACACCGCCCAAGAGUGAAGUCCCCACAGUGGUUGUCUCUGUGAAGGACCCGGUCGCUGAUAGCCUCAGCCUGAGUCCACUGCUCUGUCACUUUCCCGGGGAGAAGAAAAAGAAGGCGGAGGAGAAGUCUGUGGACAGCGGCCAGCACUCAGAUGAUGACAGCGAAAGCUCUGUGAGUGAGGACACACUCGCGGCUUCCACGGCUGCCCUGAGAGGAAGCAACGCCGGUCUGGAUGUGUUGGACGCCAACGAGGACGACGCUCCGAUCUCUGUUACUUUAAGGCACCCAAAGGUGGCACCCAAGCCUCAGGUUGGAUCAAAGGCAUUUCCCUUACGACGCUCAGAGCCCACUCCUCCUCUCAAACCCUCAGCGAAGGCGCGGUCAGCCUCCAUAGGAGAUCUGCUGUCCGUCUCUUCAGUCUGUACUGAGGUGAGGCAGCAGACCAGUGCCGAGGUGGAAGACAAAGCCACGCCGGCUGAGGAGGUCGGGAAACUGGAGGCCGAGGUGGCGCUGGAGAUAGAAAAGACCAGGGAGCUCCUGAGCAGAGUGUCCAUCAAGGGAGGUGACGGGGAGUCCAUGUCGGAGGACCUGCUCACCAAGGCCAUGGAGAAGCUGAAGACGGCCGACCAUGUCCUCAGAGAGGUCAAGAAACUGACACCAGCAAAGAACUCAAGCACCAGGAGGAAGAGCUUGUGAAAGAGCAGAUUGUCAUGUAAAUAACCAUUCGCUAAACCUUUCUCCUACUGAGUGAUUAUCCAUUAAUAAGUCAUCAUCAGUCCUGUCAAGAUCUGGAUCUCUCCGCAUCCUGUAGCGUUUGUAUGAGGCUUAAUAUUUGAUGUCUACAGAGGGCUUUUUCUUGUGUCUGUUCCAGAUCCAGAAACACCGGAGUGAAGUGUAACAGAUUGAUUGAACGGUGUGUCUUUUUGCUCCAAUCUUUAGCAUGUCAAGCUUACUACCCUUCUGUCUGUAGUAGUAUCUGAGCAUUACAAACAAAGCCUGUACAGUAGCCUAGAGAUAAGCUGAGAGUACUCAAGCUUCAAAGCACAGAUUCAAUACAAUGUGCUGGAGCUGAUGUCAAAUGAAAGAAAAAAUCCAUGAUUGAUGAAGUCAGCGUUCGCAAACAUUUUGACAGUUUUUAAAGUUUAAGGUGCUGCAGUGGGUUAGCAAAUCACCGUGCUAUAAGCGGUAUUAUAAAGUUUUAUGAUAAACGAUUUAGUGUUAUGAAAGUAAGUUAAGAAAGGUUCCCAUGUCUCAUAGAAGUUCCUCUUCAAGCUUCUGACAGAGAAACGUAACAUCUCGAGUUUGAGACAGGACAUUACAUCCUGACGCCACUGGUCAAGCGUGGGCAGGGCAGCACCCUUCCAUUUCAGCAGGAUUGCACGUCUGGCCAAGAGCAAGGCAAAAGCGACCAUGCGGUGUUCUGUAGAAGUCAGGUGGGGGUUGCACUGUGUGUUUUAAGACAACGGGGUUCCACUCAGAGACCUUCAGUGGGUGCCAAAGCGCUCCAAACUGAAUUCCUCCAUGAUAUUGCUUUAAAUGAUUUGUGAUAACAUCACACUGUGACUAUGAUAUGCCAUAAAUAUUAACCCUUACUCAUGAAUAUACAGCAGCAAAAAAAAGGUACAUUUGUGUUUAAUGUGACCUGUGAAGGCUUCUUACACUGCCUGUUAUAAUUUAAGCUUCUUGAACAAAAAACAUAGGCUAGUACUGAUGCAGCACGUCUGAACAAAGUCGAAGCCUUUGCAGGAUAGCGUUUUAAUAUCGGUGAGGUAGAGUUGUGAUUCAGGCACACAUGUGAAGAGCUGCUUCAAGCCACCAGAUGUCACUGUUUGCUGAACUGAAGCCCUCAGACUUUGAAUCUUUUUCAGCACAGACACAAAGAAAGGCUUCCAUGCCGUUUUAUGGCUUCAUCUGCAAAAACAGCCCCCACCCCACCCCCCCUCAGUAAAAACACAUAGACUGUUUGCCCACCAUGUGGAUACUUGCUCUGGAUGCUCAGAGAUCAGACUUUUUCCCCACAUCAUUUUAAAUGUAAAUCUGUUUGAAUUGAGUCUGUUUAUAGCCAGCUGAUUGUGUUGAUUGUCACUUUAGAAGGAACGAUAAAUGGCUGCCAGCUAGAAAUGGCAUGAAGGAGACAGGGUUUAGUGAGCGGUCAGUCGAUGGACUUGGGGAAUAAUGACAUGACGUGUCUCAUUUUUGAUUGUUGUGCAGAUUAUGUAACUGUUUGCUCAUAAUUAACUACGUGCAAUUAUUUCUAGUUUCACUUUCUCUGCAGCUAAACGUAAAGCUUCAUUUUUAUUGCCCAUUUUGUGUUUUGUUUAUAUCUGACAUUUCAAGGAUAAUUGCCUGAAGGAUAAUUUGAGAAUGAAUAAGAAUAUGAAAAUGCUAUGCUGUCAGUAAAUACAUUGAGAACAUGCAAAAUGACUCAAAUUUGUAAAUACCAAAUUGCACAACUUAAUAUUGUCUUGUGGAUUUAGAAAGCUUUUUCUCUUAUUCUCAGUUCCCAUGUUUUAGCUGGCAGUUUAUAUGAGGGAUUUUUUAUUGUACAUACUUUACAUGUUCAUCGCAGCAUUGUGCUGUUUGUUGUUGAGGGACAUGUACCAACAUAGCUCAGGAGUUUUCUAAAAGUGAUCUUUAUAGUCUAACCAUGUGAAUAGAAUAAGAAAGGGUGGGCAGUUUUGUUAUUAAUAAUAUGUUCUUAAUAGUGAUGCUGUGGCCUUAAUAGCUCUUAAUGCUCUCACUAACACACUUGUAAUAAUUGCUCAUCAGACAUGUCUCUGCAUGAAGGAUUUCCCCUGGUUUUAUCUGACGCUUUGGUAAAAGCUAUUUCCACACAAUCUGCCUUUCAGAGUAUGUAAGAACAUUUUCUAACAUUUUGUACUCUUUGAUAACAUUUUCUAUGGCUCAAAUAAUUAAAGGGAAACGAUGUGUUCA